UUACGGUCGGGUUAGGCCUGGCUUCUACAGCGGCCUCGUCCCCGCCUGCGCGUUAGCGCGUCUAGGCCCCGCCACGCCGGCCACGCCCAGCCCUCCACGGUGUCCGUCCCCCCGCUUCCAGAGUCGCCUCGCUCGGCCUCCCAGUCUUGCUCUCUGUCGGGCAGCCCCUUAGGACGUGGAGCGCCGCGGUGGCCGCAAGUUUGUCAAAGAUGAAAGUGACCUUAUCAGCUCUGGAUACACAUGAGACUUCUUUCACACCUUUGGUAGUCAUAGAGCUUGCUCAGGAUGUCAAAGAAGAAACCAAAGAAUGGCUGAAAAGCAGAAUUAUUGCUAAAAAGAAAGAUGGAGGUGCCCAGCUGUUAUUUAGACCCUUGUUAAAUAAAUAUGCGAAAGAAACAUUAGAAAAUCAGAACUUAUAUCUUGUUGGUGCAUCCCAGAUUAGAUUGUUACUGGGGGCAGAAGCAGUGGGCUUGGUAAAAGAAUGCAACGACAACACCAUGAGAGCCUUCACAUAUGGAACCCGACAGAAUUUCAAAGGUUUUGAUGACGACAAUGAUGAUUUCCUUACAAUGGCAGAAUGUCAAUUCAUUAUCAAGCAUGAACUUGAAAAUCUUAGAGCUAAGGAUGAAAAAAUGAUUCCUGGUUACCCUCAGGCAAAGUUGUAUCCAGGAAAAUCAUUACUGAGAAGAUUGCUCACCUCUGGUAUUGUGAUUCAGGUGUUUCCACUGCAUGAUAAUGAAGCCCUGAAGAAGCUUGAGGACACCUGGUACACUCGGUUUACCUUAAAGUAUCAGCCUGUAGACAGUAUUCGUCGCUACUUCGGGGAAACGAUUGCUGUUUACUUCGGAUUUUUGGAAUAUUUCACUUUGGCCUUAAUCCCCAUGGCCGUCAUUGGAUUGCCUUACUACUUGUUUGCGUGGGAAGACUAUGACAAAUAUGUGAUUUUCGCCUCGUUCAACCUGAUCUGGUCCACAGUGAUCCUGGAAGUGUGGAAGCGUGGCUGUGCCAGCAUGACCUACAGGUGGGGGACGUUGGUCAUGAAGAGGCAGUUUGAGGAGCCCCGGCCAGGAUUUCAUGGGGUUCUGGGUAUCAAUCCUGUCACUGGCAGAGAGGAACCUACGUACUCCAGUUACAAGAGACAGUUGCGCAUUUACCUGGUCUCUCUGCCCUUCGUGUGCCUCUGUCUCUAUUUCUCUCUGUAUGUCAUGAUGAUUUACUUCGACCUGGAGGCCUGGGCCUUGGCGCUGCAUGAGAACAGUGGUUCGGAGUGGACCAGUCUCUUACUGUAUGUGCCCAGCAUCAUCUACGCCAUUGUGAUUGAGAUUAUGAACCGCCUGUAUCGUUAUGCUGCCGAGUUUUUAACUUCAUGGGAGAAUCACAGAUUGGAAUCUGCCUACCAGAAUCAUCUAAUUCUGAAAGUUUUAGUGUUCAACUUUCUAAACUGCUUUGCUUCACUCUUUUACAUUGCUUUUGUCCUGAUGGAUAUGAAGCUUUUGCGUCAGAGCCUGGCCACUCUGCUGAUUACCUCGCAGAUAAUUAAUCAAAUUGUAGAAUCUCUUCUUCCUUAUUGGCUCCAAAAGAAGCAUGGUAUGCAGGUGAAGAAGAAGGUACAAGCUUUAAAGGCAGACAUUGAUGCUACGUUAUAUGAGCAAGUCAUCCUGGAAAAGGAAAUGAGUACUUAUUUGGGUACCUUCGAUGAUUACUUGGAGUUAUUCCUGCAGUUUGGUUAUGUGAGCCUUUUCUCCUGUGUUUACCCAUUAGCAGCGGCCUUUGCUGUGUUAAAUAACUUCACUGAAGUCAAUUCAGAUGCCUUAAAAAUGUGCAGGGUCUUCAAACGCCCAUUUUCAGAACCUUCAGCUAACAUUGGCGUGUGGCAGUUGGCUUUUGAAACAAUGAGUGUUAUAUCUGUGGUCACUAACUGUGCUCUGAUUGGAAUGUCACCACAAGUGAAUGCAGUCUUUCCAGAGUCAAAAGUGGACCUCAUUUUGAUUGUGGUGGCAGUUGAGCAUGCACUUCUGUCUUUAAAGUUUAUACUUGCAUUUGCCAUACCUGAUAAACCACGGCAUAUCCAGAUGAAACUGGCCAGAUUGGAGUUUGAGUCUUUGGAAGCACUUAAGCAGCAGGACACCACAUCCUCCAGUAAUGUCAUGGAGUAACUAGACCCUGGGCAGCCAGCCCUCUCUGGAGUCAAAAGCACAGACAGAAGCCGGGGAAUACCUGUACCUGCAGGGCCACAGAUUUCUUAAAGCCAGCUGCUUGGAUCCUUUGAGAAAGAUGACAGCUUCAGAAAUCUUACUGAAAGAACAAGACAAGGACUGUAAAAAGACACUGCAAUGCUGAUUACAGCCCUCCAGGGCCUCAAAUCAAGUGUGGAACCCUUAACCAGCCAGGUCUGCGGGGGUGCCCAAUCAAGUAAUGUCUUUGUUUUCUGGAGUUAAGUAUAUUUAAACCAUUUUCCAACAUUUUUCAAGAGCUUCUGAAGUUUUCUUUCCCAAUAUGUGUGCUCUGAAGUUAUAGUAGACAUAUAAGCAUUUUAAAUGGAAAGUUAAAAAGUUUGACAGUAUAGAAUGAGGGUGCUAAAGUAUUUGACUCUUGAACAUUUAGUCACGUAUUGAUCGCUAAAAUCUAGUUCAGAAAGAAAUGUUGUGUCCAAAUAAAGAAUUGGGCUCUAAGAAAGCCAGUGCAGGCACUGCCAGAGCCAAGUCCUUGCAGAAGGGGUGCUCCGGACUCUUUCCUGGAGUUGCAGCAUGGGGAGCUAAAGGAGAAAUAGCUGGAGACUUGCCCAGAUCAGAGCUGGGAGGUGGCAAGGGAGCACAGCAAGGAACAAGAGCAGAGCAGAGCAGAGAGCAAAUCAAAGGGGUCGGAGAAGCUGCAGAGCUGUGGCCUGGCCUGCAGAUGCUGCAGUGGAUUUUCAUGCAGUCCCAGCCAGGCUGCUGUGGACACAUUCGGUUCAUUUGGGGGCUGGAAAGGAAUAGGGAGUGCAAGACUUAACUUUAUUAUUUGCUUAUAUAAACGUGAAAAAAAAUGCUUAAGGUCACUCUUGGUAUCCUCUACUGUUUGACCUAUAGCUUUUACUUUUAGAGAGGCACUUUAAAGCAUUGUGUGCUGUAGAUGCAAAGACAACUGGAAUUCAGAAAGUUCCAAUUUGUUGUGAGGACAUGUUUAAAUAAAUGUGCCUACAAAAGUCUAAAUCGUUAACUGUGGUUUGGGGAGAAAAGCCAGUGUGCCAUCUUCUUGGGGCAGCUUACCAUUCUCUUUGUGUUCAAGAAAAGGAAAUCCUGUUCUUUUUUAUUCCACUGGGCUCUUUUUUUAAAGAGUGAAUAUGAAUUCCUGAGAGAAUGAUAAAAUUGUCCUUUAUGGUAAAAGUUCUCCAGAAUGAGUAUCUGGACAAUGCUUAGCAGCCCUGUGAUAGUGACAACUUGGCAGGUGAUGGUACCCAGUCUUAGAGAACCCUAACUAAUACAAGCCCUAAGAUGACAGUUAUGCACACUUAAAACAUUUUUUUUUUUUUUUUUUUGCUGGGAAUGAGCUAUAUUCAUCCUCCUCCUAAGUCACUUUAUUGAAAUGUGGAAGUGUUAGAGCAAGGGAAAGUCACUCUUUAGACUCUAGAAAGUAGAAAUUGCCAGGGUGCAGGCCAUCUGGCAGAGCUUUUCGUUGAGGGAGACAUGGAGGUUUGAGGACAGUUGAAAGCCUUAGAGCUGCCUACCUGGGAUGCAAUGCCUCAGUUCUGUUUUAGUUACUUCUUGGCCAACACCUUUUGAACCAGAUCUUCACAUAUGUUACACUUACCACUCAUUGGCCCAUGUAGCGCCACCCAGACCUGCCAUGACUGCUCAGGUUGCCAGUGUCCCCUGACCUGGAGAGAACUGUUGUAGUGAAGUAAGAGGAGGCAGGAGGUGCAGCCUGGGGUGUCCCGGGACCUCUUUUGGUUCAGGAUGGGAAGGGAUGAAGGAUAUGCCAUGUUAGAACAAACUCACACAUUUCACAUUUAAUGAUCAUUUUUCUUAAUUAUUUCUCUGGUGAAGCCUAUGAAAUUAACUUUAUUUAAGAAAUGUCACAAACUUGCGUUUGCUCUCUUUAUUUAGGUAUCAUAGGAGCAUAAUGGUGGGAAGGUAUAUAGGAUGUUUCUGUUCCUUGUGCUUUUACUUUCAAAGGGUUGUGAGGUUAGUGUUUUUAUUUCCAGAAUUGUGUAAAGCAAAUUUCUAGGAUUCUUUGUGCUCUUGGAUGUGCCAUCCACAUGUGCAGGCCUUUCCCUGCUCUGUGCCUGUGCAACUACUUGACUCCAUGGAGCCUCAAAGGCAGUAGCUGUGGCAGCUUGAACUUUCUCUGCCUUCUGCCCUGUCAUAUGCUGCUUACUGCAGCCCUUCUGGACAUUGUGACUCAGGAGACCAACCCUGACCCACCAAGUCCAGAGUCACCCACAUGAGAGACCCAGGGUAGGAAGAUGACUCAGCAAAAAUUGCACAUGCAAUAAGAAGUUGAUUUUUAUUUAUUUAUUAAUUUAUUUUGGUUUUUGUCUUUGAAAGCGAAUGUGCUAUGCAACAGAAAAGGUGAGAUGGUUUCAGAAAACUGAAAUAAGAACAAAUUUACGCCCCUGUUGAGGGAGGUUUGAGAGAUUUCAAUGUGGUACUCAGGACUCUUCAGUUAGGCCUGACUACCUCGAAGGAAGCCAGAGUUUAUGUUGUUUCGAGAGUUCUGGUGGCCACUGUGAGCCAGCCUCCUCCUUUCUUCCUAUGUUAGAUGGUUUGUCUCACAGCCCUAUGCAGCUGCAGGGAAGUUAUUUGACCUUCCUGUAUUAUCAUCUCCCAAUCACUCAGAUGGGGACGAGGAUAAUGAUGCCUUCCACAUAAGAUCAGUGGAAGGCUGGAAUGCAGCAGUGUGAGUGGGACAAAUGGGGGGAUGAGGAUAGUGAUGGAGGAGGAGGAGGGCCUCCUCAUGCUUGGGUACCCUGGAUCACUGGGUGAACCCAGAAAGGAAUUCUGGGAUAAGAUGGUCCCGUAAGAUCAGCUUAGGUUAACAGGUCAGCCCCCCCCCCCCACCCGUUGUGCAGCCCCACCUGACAGCAUGAGCUGAACACAGCUGGGGAGAAAUAACAAUAAAGAGGGUGGUCACAACUGACAUGAAACAGGUGGGAAUGUGAGCCAGACACUCCUCCAAGCCUUCUGCAUAUUUCAGUGACUGCUCAGAACAGUUCCCUGGAGAAGGCUCUGUUAAGAUGGCUGUUUUGCAGGUGAUUUUUUACACAGAUUUCUUUCCAAAUCAUAAAAAACUUUCUUCAAAGGUGACCAAUGUGCUAACAAAUAUUGGCACCUCUGCACCUCUUUAGCCUCCUCUCCCAUCACGUCUUCCUCUCACUUUUGAGUCUAGCAGCAUCACGCUAUUCAUGGUUUCCCAAGCACCCCUGCUACUUCACAACUCUAGCCACCUACGUGCCUUCCCUCCGCCAUCAGCUUCACAAACCUGCUUGCUUUCCACCACCUGGGAAAAGCCUUCCGUCCUUGAAUGACAAAGGGGCCUGGUGCCCAUUUCUGUGCCUUUGCUCCACUGUACCUGGUUCUGCUUCCGUCUCCUCUGUGGCCUAUGGGGUCCCCGAGGGCUGUGGGCGAUGUCUUACUCACCCUUUGUUCCCUCACCCAGCACAAGGUGCUGCCCGGUAGACUGAAUAAAUCUCCACUUGAUCAAACUGAGUUUGUUGACUCACACAUAGUUCAGAGAGCUAAUGUAGUAAGUAAAUGACAAGUCAUGUCCUUGGACUCAAAAUGAGCAAUCUUAAAAUAGGCACUGUGGCAGAAACCAGAAAGAGUUAGGUCAUAUGCCUCCUGGGAUCACUAGGGAAGAGGCCAUAAUCUGAGGAAUUGUGUGUGAGCACUUGACAACGACUGGUAGCUAACCUUCCUAAACCUCAAAACCUUUUUUUUCCCCAAAAAGACUAUUAUUGACAUCAGUAUCAGGGCUGACUCCAAAAGACUAUAAAAUAACCCUGAAUCAAGCCAGAUAGAAUUCUAACAUAGAUUGUUCUUUGCACUUGCACUUGGUAGCUAGUAAACUAGAUAACAAAUUCAGACUCUGGAGCAAUCUUCCCCCAUCACUGAUGUCUAGAAC